CUGAGAUGUGUCUUAACGCGUAGUGAUUUCAGCCACAUAUCCAUCUCUCUCUCUAAGCGCCAUGGCGUCCAACCCUCAGUUUGAGACUCUACGCUUUCGUAGGCCUGACAAGGCUUCACCGAAGCCGCAAAAUGGCAGUCCGGCCAAGGCUGACGUCAACAAGGGAAUGCUGCAGGACCAAGUUCGCAGACAUUUUGUGAAGUCAGCAUGGACUCCCAAUUUCACGAAGGCACUCCAACUGUUGCUGCUCGUACGAGUGAGCGCGGCCAUGUAUGCUAAUAUCCAAGACUGCGACGAAGUAUUCAACUUCUGGGAGCCCCUUCAUUACCUUGAUCAAGGAUAUGGAUUUCAGACCUGGGAGACUUCGCCCGCGCAUGCAAUCCGGAGUUGGGCGUAUGUGGUGGUCCAUCUGCUGCCUGCGCGUAUCGGUGCUUUGUUUACAGGAGAGAAGAGAGCGGCAUUUUUCGCCGUUAGGAUCUUCCUUGCCGUCAUCUCCUCAUUAUGCGAGACCCAGUUCUACAGGACCGUCGUGGAGAAGGUGAACCGGAAAGUUGGUCGAUACCUGUUCUUCUUAUUGCUCUUCAGCACUGGGAUGUGGAAUGCUUCAAUAGCUUUCCUACCAUCAUCCUUUGCUAUGUAUGCUAGCAUGCUUGCAUUUUCGUACGCUAUGGAGCCCGCCAGCACGAAGAGCAAGCAGCGCACACUUUAUGCUACCCUCUGUUUCGCUGCUGGAGCUAUCGUUGGCUGGCCUUUCGCGCUGGCCCUUUCGCUGCCUUUCGUGGUCGAGGAACUGUUCGUUUUCAGCGGUGACCGUGUUCCGGCAGACAUGUACCAAACAUGGCUUAAGCGAAGAUGGUCGAACUUCGCUAGUGCAGUGGCUACCUCGGCACUCUUAUUCGUCCCGGUUGUGGCCAUCGACAGUCUUGCUUACGGACGCCUGACCCUUGUACCUUGGAACAUUAUCCGAUACAAUAUUUUCGGCGGCUCCAUCCGUGGUCCUGAAUUGUAUGGCACGGAACCGUGGACUUUCUACUUCAGAAAUCUGCUUCUGAAUUUCAACGUCGCAGUCCCUCUCGCCUAUGCCGUCUUACCUGCGUUGGCGAUUACGUAUGUCGCAGAUCGUAGGCGGUUGGGUUCUUAUACGCCAUCUCUCGAGCAGAGCUCCCCUUUCACGGUCCUUGCGCUAAGACUGGCACCCUUGUACGUUUGGACAGCUAUCCUCACCCUCCAGCCGCAUAAAGAAGAAAGAUUUAUGUUCCCGGGUUAUCCACUCAUAUGCUUCAACGCCGCGGUCGCUCUUUAUCUCAUCCGAGGCUGGAUAGAGGUUGCAUUUAUUAAGGUCACAGGUUCACCUUAUCGGGCGUCCACGACGUCCAUAUUCCGGACCUUCACCUCAUCAGUGGUGUUCGCCGCGAUCAUACUUUCGCUCUCCCGGACAGUGGCUCUCUAUCAAUACUAUCACGCUCCCAUAUCCGUCACAUAUCAACUGCAGGGGCAGGAGCUCCCGCGUUUGCUGAAUGUCACUGGCUUCUUACCGCCAAGACCCGCAGAUGUCAAGGAAGAGGAGCUCCCUCGGAUCGACCUGUCGCCUAUAAAGGAGUUCGGUUUGCGAUUAUGUCUGGGCAAGGAGUGGCAUCGCUUCCCUAGCCACUUCCACGUACCCGAUGGGGUGAGAGUGGAUUUCGUCAAGAGCGAGUUCGACGGGUUGCUGCCGGGACACUUCCCUCCUAGCGGUCGGUCGGGUCUCUGGCUUAGGGAAGGCACCAGAUUGGUCCCGGAAGGGUUGAACGACCUGAACAAAGAAGAACACUCGCACUACACUCCGUUGCAUACGUGCGAUUACCUUAUCGACUUGGACUUCCCCGAACACCCCUCGGAAGCACCCCACGAGCCUCGAUAUGCAGUUGACGAACUUGCCUGGGAGCGGAUACACUGUGCACCGUUCCUAGAUGCGAAGCAUUCGCCUGUGCUCUCGCGUGCGCUGUGGUUCCCCGGUGAGAAGUGGCGAAGCCAGAAUUCGUUCGGGGACUACUGCUUGCUAAGGAACAAGUAUUCCGUGCGGAGGAAGGAGCAGGAGAUGUUGAAAGCUGCCCAGGCUGGGGCGUAGAGGGUAUCAUCUAAUCUUUCUCAAAAUGUUCGGCUUUUACAGUCUUAGAGUAAUGGCUUAAUGCACGGUUCCUCAUCUAUGAAUCAGUAUCUGUG